UUGGGGCCGGUGGGAGAGGCGGUCGGCCCGGCCCCGCGGCGCACAAUAGCGCGGCAGCGGGCGGGGGCGCGGCUGCAGCUGGAGCCCGAGGUGCCGGCGGCCGCAGACGCCCCUCGGCCUCCCCCGCACACGCCUCCCUUCGGCUCGUCCACCGCGCCUCCGCGCCGCCUCCCUUCCCGGCCCCGCCGCCCAGCUCCGCCGGCGCUCUCCCCUCAUCCCCUCACCCCUCGCCCGCUCCGCGCUCAGAUCCCCUCAAAGGGCUGUCUCCCACCUCCGGCCCGGCGGCCCGCGAGCCCCCACACCCGCCCCGCAGCACCCCGGCACCCGCGGCGCCCGAGCCCCUCCCGGCGCGAGGGGAUCCCCGGCCCGGCCCGGCCCGACCCAACCCGAGCGCGCGGCGGCGGGAGCGAGAAAGUGAGGCGGCCCCGCGCACACCCCGGGCUCGGCCGCCGCCGCCACCGGCUGGAGGAGGAGGAGGAGGCGGAGGAGGAGUAGCCGAGUCCAGCCGAGCGAGCGCGGAAGUAGCUGCUGGUGGUGGUGACAAUGUCAAAUAACGGCCUGGACAUUCAAGAUAAACCCCCAGCCCCUCCAAUGAGAAACACCAGCACUAUGAUUGGAGCUGGUAGCAAAGAUGCUGGAACCCUAAACCACGGCUCCAAACCUCUGCCUCCAAAUCCAGAGGAGAAGAAAAAGAAGGACCGAUUUUACAGAUCCAUCCUACCUGGAGAUAAAACAAAUAAAAAGAAGGAGAAGGAGCGGCCCGAGAUUUCUCUUCCUUCAGAUUUUGAGCACACGAUUCACGUUGGGUUUGAUGCUGUCACAGGGGAAUUUACAGGGAUGCCAGAACAGUGGGCCCGCUUGCUUCAGACAUCAAAUAUCACGAAGUCGGAGCAGAAGAAAAACCCGCAGGCUGUGCUGGAUGUCUUGGAAUUCUAUAACUCCAAGAAGACCUCCAACAGCCAGAAGUACAUGAGCUUUACAGAUAAAUUAGCUGAGGAUUAUAAUUCUUCUAACACUUUGAAUGUGAAGGCUGUGUCUGAGACCCCCGCAGUGCCUCCUGUCUCAGAAGAUGAAGACGAUGAUGAUGAUGCUACCCCACCUCCAGUGAUUGCUCCACGCCCAGAGCACACAAAAUCUGUCUACACACGGUCUGUGAUUGAACCACUUCCUGUUACUCCAACACGGGAUGUGGCUACAUCUCCCAUUUCACCUACGGAGAGUAACACCACUCCUCCAGAUGCUCUGACCCGGAAUACUGAGAAGCAGAAGAAGAAGCCUAAAAUGUCUGAUGAAGAGAUCUUGGAGAAAUUACGAAGCAUAGUGAGUGUGGGCGAUCCUAAGAAGAAAUAUACACGGUUUGAGAAGAUUGGACAAGGUGCUUCAGGCACUGUGUACACAGCAAUGGAUGUGGCCACAGGACAGGAGGUGGCCAUUAAGCAGAUGAACCUUCAGCAGCAGCCGAAGAAAGAGCUGAUUAUUAAUGAGAUCCUGGUCAUGAGGGAAAAUAAGAACCCAAAUAUUGUGAACUACUUGGACAGUUACCUCGUGGGAGAUGAGCUGUGGGUUGUCAUGGAAUACUUGGCUGGAGGCUCUUUGACAGAUGUGGUGACGGAAACCUGCAUGGAUGAAGGCCAGAUUGCAGCUGUUUGCCGUGAGUGCCUGCAAGCUUUGGAGUUUCUGCAUUCCAACCAGGUCAUUCACAGAGAUAUCAAGAGUGACAACAUCCUGUUGGGAAUGGAUGGCUCUGUCAAGCUAACUGAUUUUGGAUUCUGUGCCCAGAUCACCCCGGAGCAGAGCAAACGGAGCACCAUGGUGGGAACCCCAUACUGGAUGGCACCAGAGGUUGUGACGCGGAAAGCCUAUGGGCCCAAGGUUGAUAUCUGGUCCCUGGGCAUCAUGGCCAUCGAAAUGAUUGAAGGGGAGCCCCCAUACCUCAAUGAAAACCCUCUGAGAGCCUUGUACCUCAUUGCCACCAAUGGGACCCCAGAGCUUCAGAACCCAGAGAAGCUGUCAUCUAUCUUCCGAGACUUUCUGAACCGCUGUCUUGAGAUGGAUGUGGAGAAGAGGGGUUCAGCUAAAGAGCUGUUACAGCAUCAGUUCCUGAAGAUUGCCAAGCCCCUCUCCAGUCUUACUCCACUGAUCGCUGCAGCAAAGGAGGCAGCCAAGAACAAUCACUAAAACCACGCUCACCCCAGCCUCAUUGUGCCAAGCCUUCCGUGAAAUUAAUGCUAAUUCCAGAAAUUCCAACCCUUG